CCUCGGUGGGAUUGACGUGGCGGCAGGCUGAUGAUUUGCUUACUUGGAGCAGCACUGACUUUGGAGCGGGUACUGCGAAAUGUGUAAGCAUGAUGUUGCCUGGAUGAUCGGCGGAGGACGUUAGGAGAGGAAGAGCUGCAACCAGCUGAAGGCAAGUGAAGCAGGCGGCAGCACCUCAUGCUCGGGCUGAGCAAAGGUCCGAGGGGUUAGUGCUCUUCCAAAAAAAAAACAUAAAAAGAAAGAUGGGUGUUCUCCAACUCAACAAUCCCACUCACUCGAGCACUCUCCUGCAGCGGGCCAAUCAAAUGCGCUUGACUGGCACCUUGUGUGAUGUUAUCAUCACAGUGGACGGCCAGGAGUUCCCUGCGCAUCGCACCGUUCUGGCCUGCACCAGCAAAAUGUUUGAGAUUUUGUUCCACCGCAGCAGCCUGCGCUACGCUCUGGACUUCCUGUCCCCAAAGACGUUCCAGCAGAUCCUCGAGUACGCCUACACGGCCUCACUCCAGGCCACGGCCGAGGACUUGGACGACUUGCUAUAUGCCGCCGAGAUCCUGGAGAUAGAGUAUUUGGAGGAGCAGUGCCUGAAGGUGCUGGAGACCAUCCAGGCGGAGGAAAGUGAGGAGGUGUCGAUGAGGAACCACGGAUCUGGAGAUCACAGCCGAACGCGGCACUGGAGGCACAUGCUCAUGUCCAAGAAGCAUUCCAUUCAGGAUGGAACCAACUGCACCACUCCCACGGCGCUGCACCACCUGGCAUUGUACCACGUCACAGAGAGGAGCUCUCCAGGCCCCGAGCCAGAGGCAGGUCUGGAUUCAAAGCUGAAGCAGGACUCUGAGGCAAACAUGGAGAGUUCCCAGCACUGUGGCACAACUGUCCCCCAGGACUCAUCCGCGGAUCCUGAUAGAAGUAUCAAAUCCGAGAUCAUGGAGGUAGAUGAUCUGAACAGCAGUGAGGGCCGGGGGUCCAGCGGCAAGGAGGGGAGCUGUGUGUCCGACCAACCCAGAGGUGAGGGCCCGGGGACGCCCCUCAGAGGCAGUGUGAUCACCAGUGCUCGAGAGCUGCACACCAGUCCCGAAGAUGGAGGCCAAGUGGUGGGGAGCGCCCUCGACUGUUUUCCUGGGAUCACUGACAAACACCUGGCCUCAAUAUACUCGGUGGCCUCAAACCACACGGGGGAGAGCCUGCCGGUGUCAGUUUCCGUCACCUCUUCUCUGGCUGUCCCCCUGGACCCGAGGGCCUACAGCGGCCUGCUGCACCAAGGCUUACUGCACCGGGAGCUCCUGAGCAGGCUGGGCCAGUUUGCAGCAGGAAUGAGGCAUGAGAGCCAAACCCAAGGCCAGCAGUGUUGUGGUGAAUGUGGCCUGCAGCUGCACAGCAGGCAGGCUGCAGAGCAGCACAGGAGGCUGCAUAACGAGGAGAAAGGCAGCGCCUGUGAGUUCUGUGGCAAACACUUCCAGGACAGCAUGCGGCUCAGGAUGCACAUGUUGUCUCACACAGCUCCUGCCGAGGCGCUGGUGUGUGACCAGUGUGGAGCGACCUUCUCCUCCGAAGAGGCUCUGGAAGCCCACAGGCUAACGCACACAGGGACUGACAUGGCGGUGUUCUGUCUGCUGUGUGCGAAGCGCUUCCAGACCCAGAAGGCCCUGCAGCAGCACAUGGAGGUCCACGCAGGAAUGCACAGCUACAUCUGCAGCCACUGCGACCGCCCGUUUCCCAGCCACACCACCCUCAAAAGACACUUGCGCUCGCACACGGGCGAUCACCCGUUCGAGUGCGAGUUCUGCGGGAGCUGCUUCAGAGACGACGGCACGCUGAGGGGCCACAAACGCAUCCACACAGGAGAAAAGCCUUACGAGUGCAACGGCUGCGGGAAAAGGUUCAGCCUCAAACACCAGCUGGAGACGCAUUACCGCGUUCACACAGGCGAAAAGCCAUUUGAGUGUAAGUUGUGCCACCAACGGUCUAGAGACUACUCCGCUAUGAUCAAACACCUGCGCACGCACAACGGAGCUUCUCCAUACCAGUGCACCGUCUGCCAGGACUUCUGCCCAAGCCUGGCUGCCAUGCAGAAGCACAUGAAGGGCCACAAACCGGAGGAGGUGCCAGCUGACUGGAGGAUAGAAAAGACUUACCUGUAUGUGUGUUACGUCUGAGCAGGAUUUACACCCAGGCACAGUCUCUCUGGGGGGGUGGAAAGUCCUGUUUACUCCUCUGUUCAUGAUUUUAUUGUUGAAGGAUUACACUUUCUGCAGGGAUAUUACUAUAUAUCCCUCAGAGAUACUAUGGUUUUUACAGUGACGGUGUGCAAAGUGUACACAUUCAGGCUACAGCUAAUGAUCAAUAUCGGUAAGAUUGGUUUUACUAUGAAAAAAGUGGCCAAAAGUGGUUUUAAAAAAAAUCUAUAUUUUUAAAUAAAUAAAGGAGGAAUCUGAAAAGAUUCUAAUCCAUAGAUUUAACUUGCUGUUGUGUGAAGCUGGGAGGCAGGCAGCAACACACACUUUGGAUGUAACACGUUCAAAGAUUAAUGAGCUGUGAAAGCUGACAGUUUCCGGAUAACUGUUGUCUCUCUUACUGAAGUCACUUUUUUUCCACGUGGUUUUGACAGCUGCAUCAUUGAAGGAUGGUUUAAAUGGCUGUGACUGCAGACCUGCACGUGCAGCAGGAGCGUUUCGGAGUCAUCGUGAAACCAUCUAGAAAACCGCUUUUCUUUUGUUGUGCAGCACCUGUUUGAAAUUAAAAAAAAAGAAAGCCCAAUUGGCUAAACUUUGCACAACCGUUUCCUGCAAGUUCUUUUAUUUUUUUUGUCCUGCUGUUACAUUUUGGAUAUUUUCUUUGAAGUUGCAUGUUUUACUUGAACUGUUGACCUCAUAAGCUUGAUAUCUUUAAUUGCCCCGUCUCUCUUGCAAGGGGUGUUUUAUUGAUUUCGAUGUAGCUCGCUCACUAUUUGAGUUGCUCUCGUGAUAGCUUUUGCUAUUUAUUCGUUUGUUUUAUUUGUUACCAAAAAUGUGCCGGUUGUCAUCACAGAGUCUGUCUCUCCUGGGAUGUUUUGCCGCUGAGCAAGCCCUACCUCUACUCAUUUGUUUUAAAUCCACCCGCAAAUUAUUCAUACACUGGUAGGUAUGAUUUAGCAACAGACGUGGUGAAACGUAAAAAAAAAAAAAUGUGACAAGCUACAUGUAAAAAGUCACUGAAUUUGAAGUUUAUCAAUGAAAUGACAAAAAAAAACAUUUUUUUUAUAAAAUAUGGAGAAAAUUGAACCUACAAGCAGGUUAUGUCAGUCGCAGUGUAGCCGUAACGUACAAAUUGUCAUGUGAUUCCCCUUUGUGCGCCUGUCAAAGGCCUUUAUAGAGUUAAACAUGUUGUAUUUUUGUAUUACUGUAAUUGUUUACAUUUGGUAUAAUUUGACAAACAUCUUAAUGUGAGUGUUUUAUAAGUCUGAUUUGAUGACGAUCCCUCCCUUGUGCCUCUUUUUUAAGUGGAGCAUCAAUGUGCUUGAGUACAUGGGGUCUUCGUUGUUGGUAGGUGUUCCUGGGUGUUCAUUGUUAAUCUUAAGACUGUCAUGUAGAUCCACUUUUGUCUCAACUUUACAAAUUGGAAGCAGAAUACUGUGAUCGUGGCUGAUAAUCUGAUGCAAGUUCGAGCAAUGUAAAAGUAAAAAUAAAAGAAAGACCAGGCAGGAGCUCGUCGCAGAUUUCUCUCUUUGGAACGAUGGCGUGGUAAAGCAUCUUUGGGCCUAACCAAUGCCUUCUUUAGUAGCCAACAGCACUCAGUGCCAUGAAAACACCCAUUCACUGUAUCUAUUCUACAUGAACAUGCACUAUAAAUGGAUUUUCUCGGUGGACCAAAAGAAAUAGAGCACUUUUGUUUUGAAAGGGUUUUUUUCUUUGAUCUUCGUAUGUUGUGAUAAUGCAGCUGUCUUUUAUUUGAUGUGUCCUAGAAGGAUAUGAUUAGCAUUGUUUAGAUUAUGUCACUGUCUGUCUACCUCAGGGCCAGAUCAAAGCCUGACCUGGUAUCCAAUCAGGGUCGUUCUUCUUGCCAUGUGUGCAGUAAAACCCCUCUUCAUUACAAGCUUUGUAACACAGUGUGUAAGAUUGUUUUCUCCGUGUGGAUUCAGGCACAACUCUGUGUAUGUCAGUGUUCAGUGGCAUGGUUUAAAAAAAAAAAAAAAA